ACCCCCUUAAAGACUAUUGCAUUAAAUCGCUUUUCAUUCCCUCGUCAUGACAGCACCGCGAAUGGAGGAUUUAUGCCUUUUUGUGCUCACUCUUCGGCUGCCACACGACGUUAAUUGCCCCAUGAUGCGUUUGCCGCUGUAGAUGUGCUUGCGCACCAUCGUUUUGCGCCAACCAGCCCACAUCAAGUUCCACUAGUUGCAACGCUGCUGGAAGCUUGUGCGAUCCUGCCUGAUUUUUGCACCCUUGCACGGACACAUGCACUGAUUUUAGACGCCAGAUGCGCGGCGUGAGGGGGAAACACACACCAAGACGCAGACUGGUGGACGCCGCAGGACCAGUGGCAUCAAACGCGGGGAAAAGGAGGGAGGGACGGUGAGAUUCGUGCAGCUCCCUCCUUGCGCAUGAAUGAAAGUCACGGUGCAGGUCUCCUCUAAUGUGGGAUUACUGUGCUUUCUUUGCUUUCACCUUUUUUUAUUUAAGUCCACUUCUAUUGUUUUCCCGUGUGUCACAACUUUGACUGUGGUUUUUAUUCCCUGAGAUGACACUGCUCAAUUAUUUGCUGGAAGAAGACAGGAGCCAGUUUCGGAGCGCCAGCUGACUCGUCAAUGAGACUGUGUUAUGGAGCUAAACACCGAGGAGACUUGACUCUUGAGGGUUCUCCUGCAGCUGACACCGGUGUUGGGGUUUCGACAUCCAUGUUUGCGCCGACACUGGAACCAGAAGAAAGGCCACGGGCGUGAUUUUUUUUAUUUAUUUUAUUUUUUGCGGGAUGCGUUGGCGUUUACCGGCAUCGCACGAUGACACCUCUUACUGACAUCGCACUUGAGUGAGCUGGGGUACCUUCUCCCAGGAAACAUGCAUAUCUGGGCCCUGAAAAUAAUCCUUGUGAUUGCAUCAUCUCUGAGGCUGGUCGAGAUGUAUGACAAUUACGGGGAAAUCUGCCGCAACCUCUGCACUUGUGAGGAAAAGGAGGGCAUCCUCACCGUCAGCUGCGAGAACCGCGGGAUCAUCAGGCUGACAGAGAUCAGUCCGGUUCAGUUCUCCACGUACCACCUUCUGCUGACGGGGAACCUCCUGAAGAAGUUGUCGGUCAAUGAUUUCAUCAAUUACACCGGAGUGACCAUCCUGCACUUGGGGAACAAUGACAUCUCAGAGAUAGAGUCAGGUGCCUUCAACGGACUCCAGGGAUUAAAGAGGCUGCACCUGAAUAACAACAAAAUAGACAUUCUGCGGGAUGAUACAUUUGUAGGACUAGAGAGUUUGGAAUAUCUACAAAUUGAUUAUAACUACAUCAGCAACAUAGAGCCCAGCACCUUGAGCAAACUGCACCAACUGACAGUGAUGAUUCUAAACGACAACCUGCUUUCUUUCCUGCCUCCCAACAUCUUCCGGAAUGUCCCCCUUACACACUUGGACUUGCGGGGAAAUCGAUUGAAAAUGUUCCCGUACAUCGGCCUCCUGGAGCACAUGGACAAAGUUGUGGAAUUACAGCUCGAAGAGAAUCCAUGGAAUUGCUCGUGCGAGCUGAUUGCUCUAAAAGCCUGGCUGGAGAGUAUUGCCUACACGGCUCUCGUGGGCGAAGUAGUGUGUGAGACGCCCUUUAGGCUCCAUGGGAGGGACCUGGACGAAGUGUCUAAGCAGGAGCUAUGCCCGCGGCGGCCACAAGAUGACACAGUGAGGCCUGCGCCCCCCAGCAGCACCAACGGAUAUUACCAGACGACACCUGCUACCGUCACAGCUUCCACCACCUCGUCGGCUGUCUUUCGGUCUUCUUCCAGACCCACCAAGGGCACACGGCAAUUUAACCGAACUAGGUUAAAGCCCACUUCUCGACUCCCAGGCGGUAGCCCUUACAACUAUGGCCCUAUCAUUGCUUUUCAGACCAAAUCUCCUGUGCCUUUGGACUGCCCCACUGCCUGCACGUGCAAUCUGCAGAUAUCUGAAAUUGGAUUGAAUGUCAACUGCCAAGAAAGAAAGAUUGAAAGUAUCUCUGACCUAAAACCCAAGCCAUACAAUCCGAAAAAAAUGUAUCUCACUGGAAAUUACAUCCCCGUGGUACGAAGAUCAGAUUUUGUCGACGCCAUUGGAUUGGAUUUGCUUCACCUGGGAAACAACAGGAUAACUGUGAUCCAUGACAGGGCUUUUGGGGAUUUAACAAAUCUGCGUCGGCUGUAUUUAAAUGGUAAUCUAAUGGACAGGCUCACAGGGGAAAUGUUUUUUGGGUUGCAGAACUUGCAGUACCUGUAUUUAGAGUACAAUAAAAUCAAGGAGGUGGAUGCGGGCACUUUCCGCUUCCUUACCAAUCUCCAGCUAUUAUUUCUCAAUAAUAACCUCCUGAAAACAUUACCUGUGGGCAUCUUUUCCAGCCUGUCCUUAUCUCGGCUUAAUCUGCGCAACAACCAUUUCCAAAACCUCCCUGUGAGUGGUGUUUUGGAUCAGCUGAAGUUACUGGUGCAGAUAGAUCUAUUUGAAAACCCCUGGGACUGCUCCUGUGACAUAGUGGGAAUGAAAAUAUGGCUCGAGCAGCUCAGUGCAGGCACCGUAGUCAAUGAGGUCAUGUGUGAGACACCCAAACGGCACAUGAAAACAGACCUUCGCUCCAUCCCAUCGGAGCAGCUUUGCCCCGACUAUUCUGACGCCUAUGUCUCACCGACCUUCCCUACCGAGCAGCCCUUGGAUGACCGGGUCAUCCCCACAGAUGCUUCUCACAGGUUCAACACCUCCAGCAGCACCGUGCCCCUUUCAGUCCUCAUCCUCAGCCUCCUGCUCGUCUUCAUCAUGUCAGUCUUUGUUGCAGCAGGGUUAUUUGUCGUGGUGAUGAAGAAGCGCAAAAAAUCACAGAGUGACCGUACUAGCACCAACAACUCUGACGUGAGUUCCUUCAACUUGCAGUACAGCCUUUACAGUAACCGCUCGGGCCCAAAAGUGAAGGCGCCAGCUGGUCACGUCUAUGAGUAUAUUCCACAUCCAAUGGGACACAUGUGUAAAAACCCCAUAUACAGGUCAAGAGAGGGAAAUGCAGUUGAGGAUUACCGUGACCUCCACGAGCUCAAGGUCACCUAUCGGAGUACCCCUGAUGAGGAGAGGGAUAGCAGUAUGUUGAGGAGCCCUGCGUACAGUAUCAGUACCAUUGAACCCAGAGACAACCCCUCCCCGGUCCAGGAUGCGGACCAUUUCUUUCGGGGGAUCCUUGAGCCGGAUAAGCAGUCCCCUCAUCAAUCCAUCCCUUCGCUCCCGGUGGGGGCCAAUUUAGAGUACAAGUACACAGGCCCGGUGUCAUACACCUAUAACCCCAAUUUUGAUGUCAGACGUCAAUUCUUGCACCCAGACAGGAUAAGAGAAACUGUGCUUUACGGCACGUCGCCCAGUACUGUUUACGUGGAGCCCAACAGAAAUGAAUAUUUGGAGCUAAAAGCAAAACUGCAGUCUGAGCCCGAUUACCUCGAAGUUCUUGAGAAACAAACCACCUUUAGCCAGUUCUGAGCCGCAAAUUUGUUCAUGCAAUGAAGCAUUUUGCCCAAUUUUAACCCUCCUGGAAACUGUGUUUCUUGCGUGCCUUGGCACAAACAUGGACAAGCAGGAGGAAAGUGGGGGGAGUCCAAGCGGGGUGUGCCGAACAAUGUUAUUCUUAUUUGUGCAACAUGACAUUACAGGAAUGGCGGAUGAACACAAUUGAUGAUGCAAAUUUUAUUUUUCUAUGGCAAUGUUCGAGUAAGACAAAUACAAAAUCUGAGGUGUAACGGUAUACUCGGCUUCAAUUUCAGGAAUAUAACCGUACAUAGGGUAUAGCGUCAGACUCAAAGAAGAAAAAAACAUGUUGAUGAUACAAUCACACCUGGACAAAACAAUACAAAUAAAAAAAAACAAACAAACAAAACCAACUGUACAGCAGAUGAUAAAACUGUCUAAGACUGUCUCCUGCUGUAGUCUGUAAGUAAGUAUUUAUUGCUAUAACCUGCGUCUUUUCAACAUCCAAUUUUUGAUUCUACAUUAGUAUUACCUAUGUCAUCAUACGCCACCAUCCUCUGGGACAAAAAAAAAAAAGGCUUUUGUUUUGUAGUUUCAUUUUGUGUAGCUCGGCAUUGUAAAGUGGCUUUUUUAUUUGUGGGGAGAAAGAGGCACACCCCUAAUGUUCUACAAAGACUGUGUCAUUUCAUGAGGAAGAAAAAAAUAGAAGAAGUGUCUUUGUAUGCUUUCUGCACUUUUCUUGAAAUUAGAAGGCAACUUCAUGAGCUCUCAUAUAAAAGGAGAUUAUUAUAUUAAAAUGAAUUUGGGUAUUCAUUCUUAAUAUAGCGUUAUCUAAAAAAAAAAAAAAACACACUUAAAUCAUAUUUGAAGUUUUUUAUUAUGUUGUGUAAUAAUGCUAUUUUAGUCUAUGUACACCUAUUUUUAUACAAGCAUUGGCAGAUUCUCUAUCCCGUAUCAACUUUAUGUUUUGGAUUGCUUAGCACUUCUUGCACUAUAUUGACCUAUGUUGUUGUCAUCAAAUAAACAUGAUGUCGGUUCUCAUGAUAUGAGCAGUGCAAGGCUGUUGGUAAUGAUAUCAGGCAGGCUUUUUGGGUCUGGGUGCAGUCCUUUUGAGUGUCAUAUGAUGUGUGUGUGUGUGUGUGUGUGUGUGUGUGUGUGUAUAGACCGUAUGUCCAUAUUUUCCGGAGUAUAAGUCGCAUCUUUAUCAUAAUUUUAAUUUUUUUUGGUACUGUGACUUAUAGUCAGGUGCGACUUAUACAUAUAUACAUAUAUACAUAUAUAUAUAUAUAUAUAUAUAUAUAUAUAUAUAUAUAUAUAUAUAUAUGAAAAAAAAUACAUCAUUUAAGUUAAUGUGAGGCUUUGAAAUUAAAGUGUGGUUGGUUGGUUGUUCAUUUUUUGGUGACAAUUUGCGGUCACAGUAAUUUACUGGGUUGAGUUUGGGAUGCAGUUUGGCACACAAAUUGAAACACGGCAUACCAGAUGUUUUUUGUUAUGGAAUACGAAUGUGCUUCCGCCUGGAAGACUGUGUCUGUAAGUAAUGUGCAACUAUAAUUGUACGAUAACUGUGUGGAUUGACGUAUUUUUGACAGCAGUUCUGUUUAAUUAUGUCCAGCUUGGAGACUGUAGCUGCUGUGUCACCUGCUGACUAACUAAACACACAAACAAUGCUUUUCAAUCUAUUUUGAUUCAUUUAUGAAUACAAUAAUGAAGUUUUGGUGUUAAAAUACGACAGUUUUUACACACCGGGAUGCGUCCAGGUGUCAUGUCACAUAAUAAGAGUGUCUUUGACAACAUUCUGACAUUUAUUAAACAGGUAAGGCUUUGUUGCAUCCAUUUCCUUAAAAAAAUCUGACUUACUUCAGCUUUGGAGCUGUAGUUUGUCAUCUUGUUGGUGUAAACAUAUCACUGUCCCUCUGGCGUUGUCUUGGGAAUUUAAUGUUGUUAGGAGCUAAAAAAAGCUUGCUCUGAUGAUAGCUCAGGUAAAUACCGGUAAAUGCGUAUAUAGUCCAUUGCGACUUAUAUAUGGGUUUUUUUUUUCCCGUUUAUGAUGCUUUUUUAUUUGACUGAUGUGACCUAAACUCUGUAAAAUAUGGCCUACUGCUUUUAGAGCUGCAAUGGUACACCAACACAGAAGAAAGACCAUCACCUCAAUGAAACAAGCUUGCAAUACAAUGUCAAACAUGAUACAAUGAAGGGGUCACUGUGUGUAAAUGUACCCCAUUUGGCUAAUUCAAGGUAACUUUUUAUCUUCCCCUGGUACCAAAAGAUGUUCAGGAUUGCUCCCAAGGUGAAAAAGUGCAGUGUUACAAAAGCAGUACUUUUGAUGACAUGACCCCGGCAAGUGUACCUGUAAGUAAUGUGUUUUUUUUUUUAAGAGCACUGGAUAUUCUAAUAAUGCCACUAAAAUAUCAAUAGUAAUCGCUCACUUCAAAUUGAAUUUGACUGUGGUCAAGGUCAUCAGAAAAUGCUGUUACAUUGCAAAUGUACAAACCCCAGUGUAACACCUCAAGCCAUUUCGGUAAUCAACAAAUCUAAUACCCUUAUUCAAAUGGACCAUAGCGAUGUUGUGGAUGGGUGAAGAUACAGUAGCUGUGAUUCACUCAGGUGUAGCCAGAGUCUCGCUGAUGACUGAAAUCAAUGUAUUGCAAUCAGCGAGUGUUAUGUAAAGCGCAGCACUCAACAUCUUGGCAACUUUAUCAGGGCCGACGUAAGACUGUUUUAUUAUUUUGUUUGUUUUUAUUUUAAGUAGAUGCCCGUAAAUGCUCAUAAUUUUGCAUGCGUGCAUGCAUUUGAAUGAGGAAACAUGCUGAACAUGUGGUUUUGGAAACAAUGAAGCACUUGACCCACUUAAAUUUAAUAUACAUGUGGGUUUAUUCAGAUGCAAAGGGCAAUUUCCAAGCGACGCAAGCGUCAGGAAGUCCUUGGUAGUUGUCCAUUUCUCUGGAUAUCAGUUUUCAAUAGGUUACCUUUCUGUAAGAAAUGAGCCACCAUCUUUUCAUGGAAGACCCGAAUGAGAGCAGAAGGCACCAUUUGGGAGAUGAGGAGUCCUGGAACUGAAUGUAACUGUGGACGUGUCACAGACGUGUAGCAGGGGCAGUGAAUCAUAGCCAGGAUGUGUGUGUGUGUGUGUGUGUGUGUGUGUGUGUGUGUGUGCGUGUGUGUGUGUGUGCGUGCCUGUGGUGGCCUUUGAGAUAAUUUUGGCUGACAGAUUCUGAUAUGGAAGCGUUUUUGUUUUAUUAUAUAAUUAUAUGUUUCUGCUGCAAGGGUGCCAUUCCCUAAAAUAUAAAGAAAUUUGUUUUUUUUUAAAGUGUGUCCAGAUACUGAUUACGCUUUUUUAAGAUGAUAUAUGUUGCCAUUACUUUAAAUUCACACAGUAAAAAGAAAGAAAAAAUAAAACAGGAAAACCAAACUUGUGCACCUUUACCUAAUCUGAGUGUGUAUGCAUUGUCCAAUCUGAAAGUCGAGCUUUGUCACUGUUAUGAACAAACAUCCUGGAGUAAUGGGGGCAUUGCUAGUCGUUAGUGUGCGUAUGCAUGUGUGUGUGUGGAGUCCUGCCAGUUAAAAUAAUGCUUUUAAUCAGCCAAUGGGCUUUUUAGGUCUCGACAUAAAUGCAGGCGGAAAAGAACGGGUGGUUUUAUGAUCCCUUUCCAUUAAUCUCUCAAAAGCUUUGACUGUGUUCUCUGUUCUGUUGUGCUGCUUUCCACUGUAGUCAGUGGUUGGAAUUGUUUAAGAAUAACUGGUAAAAAUGGCGACGGUAUUUGAUGAAAAAACACUUAAUCUCCUUGAAAACAAGCCUGUGGUGAAAUAUGUAGGAGUGUGAAGCCUCAUGCUACACAAGUUCUCCUGAAUGAUGGCCAUGGAGGUCCGUGCGUGGAGGCUUAUGCAAGGCAAAACGUGUUGUGUGUGCCAGUGGAGGCUAAGUUUGCUCUAUAUGUUGAAAAACACUCGUUCUGACCUUCGUAGAUGCAAGAGGAGUGACAAAAAAAGAGCUUUUGCCAGCAUUCUACAUCACUCUACAUCACUAGCAGACGGAGGAUGUUGGCUUGGGUGCAUUAACUCGCAGCCAGUCUUGCUGCAACAGUGUACUAAAAAUACCAGGCCAAUUACUAUAUAAUUAAAAUAUUGUUUGGCAGAUACUUGUGUUGGUAAACAGAAUCAGCGUGACAACAUGAGUAUGCAGUCCUGCAGCUCCUAAUUUGUAGGGCCUCAGUGGGGCCCUUGUUUUGUAAAUCCAUAAGACAUGUUCACAAUCCUGGUAGGUUAUUAUUCUUAAUAUUUCUUUUUUCUCCUGUUACAUAUCAUUACACUUUUAGAUUUAGUCACCCACGCUCACAUAGCACAAUCAGUUGCACUCACACUCACAGGUAACCCAUGGAAAAAUACUGGGAGACACACAAUAGAUACAUUGUUUUCACUCACGUAAGCUUCACUCUUCACUUCUACACAAACUUAAGUUUCACUUUCUAGAGGGGCGUGGCAAAUGCUUGACAGACUCUGUGUAUUUUAACCAAUUUUAAUCAAUUUUCCUCAUUAAUACUAGAGUCCAGCACUGUAACCAAAUAGAUUGCUCUUAUUUUUUAAUCCAAUUUGAAAACAUUUUAAGUGAUGUGAUUAUUGACUACUUCUCUGAUAGUAAUGCGGUCCCAAGAACCGUGAAGAAAAGAACUGGCUUUUACUCUGAACAUAUGGAGCGUACCUGAACUAGGCCGCAAAAAAAUGUGAAUCUGAAUCACUUGAAGCGCAUCCUAAAUGCUAUUAUCAUUGUUAAUAUACCAGGUCGCGGUAUUAAAGGGUGUUUGUAAUGUCUUCUGGCAUGGCAGCCAUAUGUAUGCAUGAUAAUUAAGCUAAUACUAGCCUCUGUGGACACACAUGGGAGGUGGACACAUUCCAUAUGCUUCAGUGUCUGCCCACCACCCGCUUACAACUCUGAUCUGAGCAAUUGAGUUCAAGGAGAUGUAGGUAAUUGAGAGGGCAGGCAUGGCAUCUGACAGGCUCCGAUGAUUCCCAUGAUUACUUUAAUCAGAGUGGUUAAUGGAAAUCCUUCAGGCAUGCAGAAAUGCGCAAAUGUUCAUCAGCACUCAACAGACUCCGAGCCAACGUCGCCCUUCCCAACUUAUGCAGCCGAUAUCGUAUCCUUUUCAUUGUUGCGUUAAACAUUCCUUGAUUGGUAGUCUGAAAAUAAUCCUAACCACUUCUAAAUUGUGGCAGAAUAUCACUAUAUUUGGCCAAAAUGUCUCCGAGCAACCGAGUCCCACCCAAUCUUAGCCCUCAAGUUUUUAAUCCUAAUUGAGCGUCUGGUAUUCAUCGAAAUAAAUCUGUCCAAUAUGACCCCCUGCUUUCUUAGGUAAUCUGAAUGUCUUUUAAUCUUGAAAGACAUCAAUCUUCCAAUGCAGCCUGUUUGAUUUUUCUUCUGUGGCAAGUGCUAGCAUUAUGCCAUUCCUGCAGCUAAUACCCGAGAUCACACGGUCAUGUUAUUUCUUCAUGGUAUCAAUAUAUUCAUCCUUUUCAUUGUUCAGCUCUCGUUGCAUUUACUCCAAGGACAGCGCCGCACAUUUCCAUGGUGACAACUUGCUCACAACUUUCUCUACGAGAGACCCGUGCUAUGGGUGUUGAAUUUUGAAUUCAGUGUGUCGCUUAUUAUUUGCCCUGCAGGUUCAUUCAAUUUUCUUACGAAGGAUGAUGUGUUUGCUUGUCGAAGCUGGCUCACAAUUAGAUGCUCUGUUGUUAUUGACAAAAUGGGCCUCUGUCGUGGUGUGUGAUGGCUUUGCAAAUGCCUCAUAAAGACCUGUAGGUGGGUGGCUUGUGUGUCUCAAGGCGGGGCCGACGCCACUCAGGCGAUUUCCUGCAAGAUUCCCCUCGUCCUCCUUUGCUCUCUCCCUCUCUCUGAACAUGCACGACUUCUUCUCACCUGCCCCCAUUUUGUUUCUAUCUCUGUUCUUUUCAAAGUGCGGCAAGGACUGUGUGUCAGGAAUUAGAGUGCACACUGGGUGAGCGUGCACAUAAUAAAACAGUGGGAGGGAAGAGAAAGGCUUUGUCUCACUCGUUGGGUAGAUACUGUAUGUGCUAAAUAACUUUAGAUGGCAAAACCGUUUUCAACUUGAAUUUAAUGUCUUACUGCUUGAAUUGGGAUCGAGUGUGUUGGAUAAGAGUGAGCCUGAAAUCAGCAAAGAGCGUUGGAAACGUGUAGAAUGGUUCGUGUAACGAUGUUCCUGUGGCGAUUCCGAUGUUACCCACUUGUAAGUGUACUUACCUUAACAAACUGUUUAGACCUUUCACGACAAAUGUUGAAACGAUACCACACAAAUGAGAGUUUGAACUCUCGAUUUCCGUUUUCCGAUAUCAAGCGAUACUGAUAUGUGUAAUAUGAUCGAUAAAUACUUUAUUUAUCUGUCGAGCGGACUCGCUGCUGCAGCAGCUGCAGGCGCACGGGACAAUAAACUCGUAAACUUUGCAGAGAAACGCCCACAAAUGUUGCUCAGAUUGGAGGUUAUGGAUGUCCGCCAUUCCUUGUGUCAAGUAUUAACUACACAAGGCAGCAAAUUUAGCAAUGUUUUGCGACUUUGAAAAAAAAAAAAUAUAUAUGUUGACCGAUGUUACAUUUUUAUGCCAAUAUCCGGCCACCGAUAUUAUCGGACAUCCCCAGAUUUAAUACAAAUGAAAUCUAGCUUUUCCUCUCUAUGGAAGGACGACAAGCACCUUCCAGUCCAUGUACGCCAGCACCACUUCAGGAUGAAGUGAAGACAUCACACAGGCUGUAGAAAGUCGUGGUGUAUAAUCAGCGUUUCUGCAACAUUAUUAUUGGUGACAUGCUGACAAACAGACACUGGCAGGCGCCAUGAUCCAACGGUAGUAGAGACGCUUGCGGCAGCCUCCCGCUAAGUUUCUGCACUGUAUUUGAUCAGGAAAUGUGCAAAUUCAGCGAGUUUUACUUAAGAAAAUGAAUUGAAUCAUACAUAAAAUCCAUUCAUAAUACACUUCAACUUAUUUUAUGUUAUUAUUUAUUUCCACCAUAUUCUUCUUUCCGCUGGCUCCUACUGGAGAAGUAAUAAGUGCAUCGCCCGCAGUUACAAAUCAGAGAGUUCCUCCCCAAGUAAGAAUAAAUAAAAUACAUGUAACAUAUAAAGCUUCCGAAGCAAGGAUCAUGUGCAUCUGAUCUGAUUCGUCAUGCUCAUCAAGUGUGCUAACAGGAGGAGUUAGCAGCAAAUGAAACCACAUGAGAUUUCCAACUCAUCUAACUGUCCUGACGUGAUUAUAGACCUCGUAUAAAUGUGUGGGGUGUCGUGGGAGUAUAUGUGCUUAUUGAAUUAUACCAAAAUUAAACCAUUAGCGGGGAGGAAUUAAUCUAACCUCCUGGAAGCCUCCGUGUGACUCCGCUCGUAGGUUUCAAUUCAUCACCGGUUAUUUGAAGGGCAAGUUAAUAUUAUUAUUAUUGUUAUCAUUCUGUCUGUUGGUACAUACCCCUGUGCCUGAUGGGUGACCAGUCCAGGGUGUCAUUUGAAUUUGCUAAAUUUGGAAGGAUAAUAAUACAAUUUUCAGCAAACUAUGCUUGUUCUUCAUAUUGAAUCAAGCGUUUCAGCAAAACUGGCAAUUUUACAGCAUCAACAAGUAGUAAUAUGACCUUAGAAUAAAAGUGCCCAUGUGAUUUCAAUGGUACAUUGCUGUUGCUAUGGUGACCCUAUCGACAAUCUACCAGCGUUUCAGGGGACUGUAAUAGUGGUGAAUCAGCCUCGACGCCUCUUGCGUUGUGUUAACACAUUCGCUUCGCACAGAAAUGAACGUAAAAUGUUGGCCUUAAAAUUCAAAUGUAGACUACUUCACACGUGGGGGACAGUUCUGGAGCAACUUUAAUGUGACAUGCUGGAGUACUGACGUCCAUUGAGCAGAAUCCCAUUCCCAUUAAACUAUCGAGUGCAGACGCAAUGCGCGCUUGGUCUUCUUUUGGCAAAAGAAAACCAACAGUGUUGACACCCAACACUCCUCGCCAAACAGCUAUGUAAUCAGCUUUAUUGUCACUUCCAUGCACCUGUGUCAUCCAGUUUGGCGUUGGGUGUUUGUUAAAUAAAUCAUUAUCCCAUCAAGAUGCUGCUUUGCCGCCGCUAUUUGCACCACUCAUGCUAGCACGUUUGCUUUCGCACUUAACGCUUUCACUGCCGCUAUCAACGCCCCUGCAUUUUCUUUCCACUCAGCGUGAUUAAAUUAAUUAUUCAUAUCAAGAUAAUUGCAUGCCACUGUGCCUUAAACAUCCAUUUGUGUUGGAAAUCCUGCUUGUAACUUUUAAAUGGGAACGCGACUUCAAGUAAGCGUAAUCUUUUGAGUGCUAAGAAAAUUGGGGUCCCAGUAGGUUCACGCUUAAUUUGAAAAUUGAAAUAAUCAAUUUGUGCUCUUUAGGUUAGUUGUGUAGUGAUUAAGAUAGGGUCGGUUCUAUACUGCAAAAAAAAAAGCCUCAUUUUUAAAGAAAUAAAAAAGUAGGUUUUCUGUUGCUUUCAAGCUGUUUUACAGGCAGCGGCACUUCAGUGAAACUCAUCAUUGCUUCCCCGAGAGAAAAUGGUGGUGAUGAAAAGCCUUUUCAUUUAGUGCAACAAAAGGGAUGCUCAGUUUCUACACUGUUGGCGAGGCUCGUCACCACAGUUUCACUGAAAGGUGACGCUUAUGUGAAGGGCUUGGUUUAGUUUUUGUUUUUUUUUUGACAUUUUCAAACUUGUUAGCAUGCAGUUGUUGCAAUCAGAGAUGUAUUUUUGUUCAGGCACGAUCAGUUAACCUGUUUGCUUUAUGCAUUUCCCCAUUGCUCUUGAGCAGGGGGUGUCCACACCGAGGGCCACAUACUGAAAAAUGAAAGGAUGCAAGGGCCACUUACUUGCUCUUAAAUAAUCUUCAUAAAACGUCUUUAUUUUAUUCCCAUAAAAUAAUACUCUAACUUUUUAUCCCCAACAUGUUUUUUUUAUGACAACUUUAUUUUGCUUUGUUUCUCAUAAUAUUCCGACUCUAAAAAAAAACCAACAACCUCUGUCACAGUUCACCUUUCGCUGUUUUGUGGUUUUUUUUCGUUCAAUUUUAGUGCUUUUACAGCGUAUGAACGCUGUUACAGGCCGAGCCUGGCCCUUUAAGAAGAAUUGCACUGUGGGAGCUAGCACAAGUUGUAUUUGUGUCUUAAAUGGCUUAUUGUCUCUUAUUUUGUCUACUGUAUUGUGUAAUAGGAGUGUAAAGGUGACUAUAGGGGUGUUAUUUCAUGUCAAGAGGGCUCUAAUAUGAUAGCCUCACCCUCGUCUUGGAACACCUUCAAGAUGUUGGGGUGUGUGUGGGGGAUUUGUAUGUCCUUUAAUCCAGAAGAACAUUUGUAAGAUCCUAAGCACAGAAUUGUCCAAAAUGUCUUGACAAGAUAAAGAAUAAAGAUUCAGGAAGAAUAAGGGUCUUGCCCAAACAGAUUAAAUGAAUAAUUGAUUAAGAGCUAUAUCCCAACAAUUUGUCCAUAAAUCGUAUAUUAGUGCAAGCAUGCAAUCACUAUAGCUUUUUAAAAGUGACACCGUGACUGGUAAGUGACCUUGCCGCCCUUUUGUCAACCGUACAAGCUGAAGGUCCUGAACUAAACUGCUUUGUCCGUGCACAAAGUCAUGGAAAAAAGGUAUUGAUCUUUUGUUCCUUAGGGCUAAUUAUCCACUCUGCCACGAGUUCCUGUUAUUGAUGUUCUGCCCCGCUUCCCUGCUCAUCAUGCCAAUGGCUUAUGCUUAAAAACUCUUUUGAUUGCACCCCCCACCCCCAGCCUCCCCCCAACCAUUUCCACCUUGAAGCCGAAUAAACAGCAAAAGCCACUUUGACUACAUCCAUAUUGUUGACUCAGGGACCAACAUUUCAGGCCGUUAGCCAAUGAGCACACUCAGAGGAGAUGAAAGAAGCAUAUACAAAUUGGUGAUGCUGAAUGACCGAACGUUGGGUUCUGAUUAAUGAAGACAGUGAAGCCGCAUAGCCCGUACAUUUCCAUAACGCAACUAAACGGAUUGUAUACAAAGUGGAUCGCGACAUGGUCAUCGUCCUUGACGCAACCUUUCAGAUGAUAAACUGGCUGUCAUGACAGAUGGUUACAUUAAUCACAGAGAGUCAUGGAAAAAAUGAUCAGACCACCCUUGGUUCUUCAGUUUAUUGAUCCUUUUUAAUGUCUGGUACAGCUAAAGGCACAUUUGUUUGGACGAAUAUAACGAUGAUAACAAAUGUAGCUCAUAAGAGUUUCAUUUAAGAGCUGAUAUCAAGCAACUUCCACGGUUUUCUUGACAAUAACCACAAUCACUUUAGUUUGCACUGCCAAAAAUGAAACUCUUAUGAGCUAUUUUUGUUGUUAUAUUUGUCCAAACAAAGUUACCUUUAGUUGUAUCAGGCAUUAAAAUGAACAAGGAACUGAAGAAACAAGGGUGGUCAAAUCAUUUUUUUAGGACUGUAUUUUCACUCUUUACUUUGAUCCUUACAGUCUUUUUGGGACAGCCCAGUGAUUGCCAUUGUGCAUUCAUCUUUUCCAUCUUUAACAGCAGCAUUAAUAGAUUAGAAUUGAAUACGGGGCCUGGUUGUUAUUAAAACGAGUGUCCCGCUGGAGAGCCGUUCGCUGGGCGUUGUUGCAGUAAACAAAGCCGACGGACUGACGUCGCAUCCUCUCUUGCCUCUUUCACCCGUCACUAUGCUAGAGGAGUGAUUGAUUUACUUUUCUCUGCAAGUGAUGAUAAGCAGAAAGCUCAUUAAUGCGGCUGCUACGGCAUACUAAAGCGCGUGUGCAGCACGCGUACACUCUUAAGUUCCGCCCUUUGAAUACUCAUACAGAAGAAACAGCCUCAUCAAAGUGGGAGAUAGAAACUUUGAUUUAAAUAAAACUUUGCCUCUUUAUUUUUCUUUUGAAACACUGAAGGAAAUGGAUUAACUGUAUUUUUGUGUGUGUGUUUUUUUGGUUAUUGUUUGUGGUACCCUAGAAUGUGGCGAUGACCAUAGAAUCAAAAUUGUAGCUCAACGUGAGAAUGAGGUAUACUCUUUUGGAAUGCACACACACAAAAAUGAGCUGUUAAUGCAUGCAUGCAUGAAGUGAUGUCCUAAGGGUCUAUACUUUUCAGAUUUUUCUUUUCUUUUUGUGAAUUCAGCUCUUUAUGUACAGUUGUCCCUCGUUUAUAACAGUUAAUUGGUUCCAGACCCGACCGCGAUAUAGGAUUCAAUGUUAAUAAAUGGAAUAUUUUUGUAGUUAGAGUUUCCGACUUUCUAAAUACAUCUUUUUAGCAUUAUCAGAGCCCUGUAGACAUGAAAUAGCACCCUAGCACCUUUACACUCUUAUUAUUCAUUGUUUACACCACAUUACAACUCUUAAGCUGCAGUAACUUGAGACGGCCGCUAGGUAGGAAGCUAGCGAGCUAACAAGCUGGCAAGCUAGUGAGCUAACCAGGUAGCCUGUAUUUCUUGUAAACUUAAGCCAAAAACUUACCACUUCCACACGAAAUGGGAGGAUAACCUUUUUUCACUCUGUCAUGUUGGAUAUGCCAUGGCUGACUUCAUGACUUCAUGCAGUGUUAAGGUAAUGUAAAGUAAGGUAAUGUCUCAAUGUUUUGUGUCGUUACUGCCUCCUAGUGACCGGAAUACUACAUAUCACUUGUAUUUCAAUAUGUUUUGACUAAUAAUAGUCUACCACAAAACAGCGAUCAUUUAUUUUAUUUUAUCUUUGUAUUAUUUUGUAUUAAAUUUUAAUUUCUGAUAUAGCGAGGGAGCGAUAAUCGAACCGCAAUAUUGUGAGGGUUGAGUGUAUAUCAAAAACGCUGUACUGUAUAUACAGCCAGAUGUACCACUUGGCUCUAUGGUGGCCACUCCAACGGAGUGAAUGAAGCACAGUGUUGACAUCAGUGAACAAGAACAACCAUAGCACUGAGAACUGAGACUUUAUUUAUUUUUAUUUUUUUUAAGUGGUGAAAUUGUCCUGGUCGUCAUUGUUUUUCCUUAGGCCAUUAAAUAGAGCGGAAUUGCGGCAGUCUGCUGCAUGUGAUGUAAUCCCUGAGAGGUGUUCUGACAUAGUGUUGCCAAAAAGGCUCAAAAAGCCAAAGAAAAAUCACAGCAUCUUUAUCCUCAGUUAAUCCACUUGUCGAGUUGGCGUCUUGUGAAAUCGGGAUGUUAUGCACAACGUUGGUUUAAAGUUUCUGAAAAAUAUUGGUUACAUUCCAAAACUUAACAAGCUUAACAAGCAGGUGCCUGUGUCGUUCUGUUUUUGGAAUCAUUUUCAUGCCGGUUUUUGAAAUUUCUUACUUUGGAAUUUGUGUUUUUGGUUAUAGAUGGUAUUUGUAGUAUUAACGAUUUUCUAUGCUUACAGAGGAAGCAUACUUUAAACAAAUUGGAUUUAUAAGGCAUCUUUUGAAGAAAAUGAAGGAGCUCUGGAAAGACAAAUCAAUUACCAUUAAACACAAAAUCAGAUUUCUGAAAGCACUGCUGUUUUCCACUUUUACACAUGCUUGUGAAACCUGGACAUUAAACAAAGAACACCAAGAGAAGAUAAUGGCUUUUGAAAUGAGAUGUUCCCGAAAUCUUAUGGUCAUCAAGACCGAAUUUGAAACAAUGGCAUCAGUAAUUUUAUAACACAUCACUUAGGAGAAUGUGACGAUUUCUUAACUAGCAUAAAGAAACAAAAACUCAAAUGGUGCGGGCACAUCACAAGAUCAGAUGGACUUAUGGAAAACCAUACUGCAAGGAAAUGUCGAAGGAAAGAGGAAGAGAGGUCAGCCAAGGAAGAGAUGGGUUGACAAAAUCGAAGAAUUCACCGGGAUGUCGUUUGCUGAGGCCCAGCAAAUGGCACACAACCGACAACAGUGGAAGAAAUUGGUGGACCGUUGCAAGAGUGGCGCCCCGUGACACCGUAAAGAGUUAUGGGAAAAUAAAAAGUACUUUGAGCAAACUUCCACGAUCAUCGCCGGGCCGAGUGUCCUGGUUUUCUGUCAUUAAAAUAUGGUCACCUUAUGUUAUCCAAAAAUGCCAUAUUUCCACCAGGUGCAACUGUUCACUUCAUCUUAGCCCUACCUGGUUUGUGACGGUAAACCCUAAUCUGGUGUGGUGUGUUUGAAUGAGAUGAUGAUCGCGGCAUCAAAGAUGGGCUUCAGUCAGUGGUGUAAAUAACAAUAUUUUAAUGCCCUGAUUUUGCAGCCGGUGUUAAGUCUAAUCAUCCCUAGACAUAUUUGCCAAGAUUCAUCUCUUGACUUGAAUCCAUCUCUGAAUAUAGCUUCCAUUAAAGCCUGAGCUUCAGCCCAGUGGCAGACAAUGGCUAAUGCUCGCUCGCUCACUCCGCGAUUUCUCCCGUUGAGAUAACUGCGACCAGAUUAUCAUAUAUAUUCUUUAAAAAAAGCAUCACAUGAAUGGCCUCCAUUGUCAGGGACAGUCCCGUAUCUGUCAGUCGAGUAAUUUCAUGCAAAUCCUUUGAGUUGAGUCAGUUUGAAUGCACGGCGUGGAGGUAAUUUACUGGGCAAUGCGCCACAAAGACUAUUCAGAUCUGAUGACAAAAACGCUGAAUGCUAAUCAGGCAGCGACGUCCGACGUGGUCACACGUUUUGCACAGGCUGAGAAAAUCUGAAGAUGUUUGAUAUAUGUACUCUGUUUCCAAUAGACUCCUACAGAAGACAAAGCAUAACUCUACAGUGGCAGACGGUGCAUUUGGUACCUGGGUCGUCAGCGGAGACCAAACACUUUCCCCUAGGACAACCUAACUAUAUCUUCAGAGUCGGUCCACCUAUCCUUAGGUUGUCUAGCAAAUUGUUACAGACUGUUGUUCUUCCGUUGUUUAUUGACCGAUGGCAAGCAACUUUUGGUGUGCAUUACCUCUAGAUACUGCUUGUCUACUUUUCUUUUGCUCUGAUCAACCAAUCAGAGGAUGGAAAAAUGCUGACAUUACUGUAGGCCUGCUAGCUGGCUCUGUGUAGCGAAUCUGAAAUCUGAUUGGUUAACAGAGGCAGUUUAAGUUACGUCGGGCCGGCACUCCCAGAUUGAUACAUUGACAUAUAGAACACUAAAUUCUGAUUGGACAAAAACAUUUAACACACACUGGAAGAAUUGCAACCAACCUGUUGGGCAAAAAAAUUAUAAACUGUCAAUGUCAUGAACAGAUACUAGAAUUUAAUUGGGAAGUGUAGGUCAGUGCUACUGUUAGUGUUCAGGUCAGCAGAGAAGGCCUUUCUGGCCCUGACUAAUCGUCACUGCUUCUACGACUACAGUCAACCUAAAUGUAUUUGUUGGCCAGUUUUCCACUAAUGUGUGGAUCCAUACAUAUAUUCAUCAUGUUGGCCACUUCUUUGCAGCCCCCCCUCACUCUACACUAUUGAAUUUCACUUCUGGUCACAGAUUGAUCAUUGCAGCGUCUUAAACUUGCUCUAAUUGCUUUAAAAAUCCCUCUUUCUGUGAUGUAGUGUGUGUGAUUUUAACUUAAAGCAAUAGCUAGACUGAUGGUCGCAAUCAACCUAGUUGCUGGAGAGGCGCCAGUUUGUGUCUUGUGCCUUAAGGCAAGGCACUGGACCAACCAACUGCUUGCUGCAUUCAUUCUUGUGCAGCCCCCUCACUGUGACAUCUCCACAUUAUCUUUGUGGAUGUAUGAUCGUCUUUGUGCUUGUAGUUAUGGUUUUUGAAGCAACAAUUUGAACUCGUCAAGUACAAAAAGGGAUUUCUUCUUCUUUACCAGAAAAAGACAGACUUAAUGAUUAGUUAGUCCCUCCACUCAGACCUCAGAAAAACUUGGGAGAUCUCAGGAAGAACCAUAUAUAUUAAUUCAGUCGCUUUAACUUUGUGUAGCUUUUUUGCGAGGUCAAUUGGGAAGAUGCAAUGCCGUCAUGUCUGAUAUGCGAGAUGUCACCUUUUUUCACGAGCAACCUUCAAAGAAUUAACGCUCUGUGUUUUUUUCAAUUGCCUUUGUAGCAUAUUGCACAUUUAUUUUUUAUUAAAAACAGUCUCAUCAAGGGGUGUUAAAGAACAAGAAUAGAUGCAAGAAAUUACAUUAAGUGGCCUCACCUUCAAAGAAGCGAGAUUUAAGCAUCAACGCAUGCAUUGUUACUUGUUGACAGUGUUUUAUAAUUUUCACAUUUCGACUUUCAAUAAAUAAAUAGCAUCCCUGUCAUUGUCAUGGUCAGCUCUUCAAUUUUAAGGGCUUUGUUAUUGAUGUGACUCUGUACAUAGCGCUUAUGUUAUGUUGUAGAGUUAGUCUCUGAGACAGUGGUGGGCCUUCUCUGCUGGCCUAAACACUUAUCAGAAGAAGACAUUUACAUUCAAUUAUAGUUUUUGUUCCAUGAAAUUGUAUUAAUUUAUUCACAAAAGUCUAUUAUCUUCAUUUCGUAGUGCGUCUCUUGGCUGCACUGCUCCCAGUACGUGUAUGCGUUUUUGGCCAAUCAGAUUUCAGCUUUUCCUGUAUGUGUAAUCUGCUCAGUGCCUUCAGAAUCAGGAGUGCUGGCCCAUGUCACUUAAACAGUAUUAGUAAAGAAGCUGUUUCUUUCACCGAUCCGAUUUCAGAUUGGCCUCACAGGGCCAGCCACAAUAACAUCAGCAUUUCUUUCGUCUUCUGAUUGGUCGAUAAGAGCAAAACCGGUUGACAAACAGUCUGUAGCAAUCUGGAAAGGAUGCAUUUUUGUUUUAAAUAAUCAGCAUCUCUGGUGGGUAUAAUGUAUUUUAUUACAUUUUUAAAAGUUUUUGUGACGUUAUUAGACAAAUAUUGAUCCGGAACUGCUCUAGAUUGAUGUCGUAAUGUAGAGGCUGAACGCCAAAUUCACAGGAAACUUUCACCAGUGAUUUCUGUUGGAAGUUACGUAAUGCUCGACGUUAAUAGCAGAAAAAUAACCAAAGUGUAGCAGCGACGAUGUAUUCGAAGAUAAAAGGUUAACUGGGUUUUGUGCUUCAGUAAUAAUGGUAUUUUCUCUCGCUCUGUAAGGCCACGGCGUGCUACAUUGUGUUUUUGUAUCUAUAAUUCCAAACGUAAUAGUGGUGGUAUUAAGAGGUCGAUUACGUCAGUCACUGAAGGCCUAGGUUCCAAAAACAAGAUGAACUUUGUUGUGUUUAGCAUAUACUGUACACCCAUUGGUUUGACUUCUUCAGCUUACGAUCGUGUCUUUUUGACUUCAUAUGCAUGUAGCCUUGAUGUCACUUACACGGCACACCGAUAAGGGGAGAAAAUAAAGGACAUACACGUCCUCGCAGCUAACACUUUCUGCAUGUCCACGAACACUUGCCUCUUAUGAAGACGCUUCUUUGACACUCUCCAUUGACACAUUUCAAGGUCAGCUGGUGCUACAAGGAGAGUCAGACACCUUUGACCCUUAGGAGUUGUCAUCUAACGUUGCGCUGAAUGUUGGCAAGUCCACUUCUUCUGCUGUUAAACAACUUGCUCAUGAUAAAAGGUAAUCAAUUUAUCAGAGCCGCUUUCACAUUUCCUGAUCAAAUCAUGUUUGAUUUUGUGUUCUGACAAAAUGAUCUAACGCUUUUUACGUGCUAUCUUCAGUUGCCACCGAUGAUCUUCAGCGAACAGCACAAUGACGUCACGUGCACCAAUAAUAGCAAUUAUAAUUAAGCGAGAGACUGAAUGGUCACUGUAUUGUGACUCAGACCUUGACUAGCUUGGUCCAUGCGUCACCUUGUGAUCUCACUAAGGGAAAAAGGGAGUGACAUUUGACAUUUCAACAUGGCUACUAGGUAGAAUGUUUGGGAAUGGUGACAAUCAUGAGACCUUCUAUGCAAUAAAAUCUCCUCCGGUUUCCUUUUGAAGGGAUUGUUGAUGGACAGUCGGGGCCUGUCUCCCCUGUGACAGCAGCGCAGAAAAGCUCUGGUGAAAAAAAUGUGUCCCAGGUGUGUCCAUCGGGUUUUAUUGCAGCCUUGAAUGCAUUGCCAAACAAGCAAUGUCACAAGCCUCCGGCUUCCUUUCCAACCCACUUUGUUUGUGCUGCCAAGAAGCGGUGAUGUUUUCACCUCCAAUGGUUUGACGAUUUAUUCAACUGGCUGUGUGGAACCUCAUGGAUGUGUACUUGGACAAAUGAACCUGGAUUUGUCCAUGAUAGGUAUGUAUUCUUUCAAGGAUGUACCAGAUAUACUUUGGUAAUGAUGAUGUCAAGAAAAAAUAUAAAAUGUCAAAAUAAAUAGACAAUUGUGUGCAAGUGAAAAACGGCGAUGUCAAAGCAUGGGCAUGGACCAUCCAUCCAUCCAUUUUCUAUGCCGCUAUCCUCAGUAGGGUCACGGAGGUAUACUGGAGCCUAUCCCGGAUGACUUCGGGUGAGAGGCGGGGUACACUCUGGACUCGCAGGACACAUGCAGACAAACAAACAUUCACACUCACAUUCAUGUCUAUGGACGAUUUAGAGUUGCAAAUAACCUUUUUUGGGAGGAAACCAGAGUAUCUGGAGAAAACCCACGCACGCACUGGGAGAACAUGCAAACGCCACACACAGAUGCCCAACGGCGAUUCGGACCCAGGUCUUCCCGAUCUCCUGACUGUGUGGCCAACAUGCUAACCACACGGGCAUAGGUAAAGAAUCAAUUACAUUCAUGAGACGCUCGAGAUGCAUGAAAAGAGCCAGUAUUUUUCUUUCCACUUUUCAUUCAGGUAUUGGCACAAGGUGGGUAUCUCUCAAUGUGCGCAAUUUGGUGCAGAUCCAAAUUUGGAUUGUCCAGCCUGGGGAGGGAGGAUAUGUGCUCUUUUUCUUGCCACUCAAGUUUGAGAGCUUGUUUUAGAUAUUUGUUGGACAAACCUGAGAGCAAUCCAUUUAACUUUUUUUUAAGUGAUUCUCCAGCUUGGUGGGAGACGUCUCCCAGUGUCUCAUUAUGCCUUUGCCCGUGACUCUUCCCUCGCAUCACACAGGCAGUGAUGGAUGACUUAAUUAAGAUGAAAGACAAUGAGUGAGUGCUUUUCAUUGUGUUUGGUCUCAGUGGUUUGUGACAAAAAUGGAUUACUCUUCUAAAAGUGGUCUCCUUGGGGAAAUGUCACAUUUAGCCUUGAAACACAUCUAUCUUGAUUGGCUGGGAAGAAGACAAAAAAACAACACACACACACACACACACACAUCCCUGGAUUCUGUUGUGGUUUAAAAAUUGGAAUUUUUUGUUCAUUUACUUGAUAUGGACUCAAACCAGAACACUGUGUUCCGAAUAAGAGACAUAUCAUUAACUGUUCACACCUUGUGCAGACAUCACCCAUUUUGACACACACUCACACAACGGAGCACGGUAUAAUCAUGUACGCUCUCAGUGCCAUCAUUGGCUGCCUUGACACCCCCCCACAACUUGCACACACACAACUUGCCCAUACUGAAGCUGUUCACAUGGAAACUGCUCAGCAUGCCGGACGGUGAGUGACUCCAAAGUUGCAUGUUGAUGGUUUAGUAAGUCAUGUGAAGUCGGCAUAUUCCCUUGCAUGUGAAUUGUGUCUUACUUGAAAAAAAGGUAAUACUGCAUACACCAACAUACAGCUGAAUUUCAAUGUGUUCAUGUGUGCCCUGUCAUUGGCUGGUACGUGUACCCUUCCUCACACCCGCACUGACUCCUUUGGAGUUUUAUUUCUUUUUUGCUCAGGAUAACAAGAAAAAGAAAAGAAUGAGAAUAUUUCAGUCAAUAAAAAUGUUGUUUUCCAAUACUUAUUUUUUUAUGAAGUGCAUGCAGCCUAUCCUUCCCCAGGAAAAGCUCCGUUACUUUGUUGUAAAAGUCACCCACUGCUGAGCUCUUGAAUAUAUAAUCAUCCAUCUUUGAGGUCAAGUGAAUUCAUUCAGCAAAGCAUACAAAUAUAAUGAAUGCAUUUGACUUGUUGCUAAAGUUCCAGCUUGUGCUGCUGUAAAAAUAAAAAAUAAAAAGACGCCAUGUUUUCCUCUCUCUGGAAGGACAGCAGCGACAAGCACCUUCCAGCUGACGUACACCCCCAUUUCUUCAGGAUGAAGGGAUUACUGCAAGCGUCUCCACGUAUGACAUUUCUCUGUAUGUUAAUGAUGUCACGCUUACAUUAAAGAUAACAAAAAAGGCUGUAGAAAGUCGUGGUGUAUAAUAAAUGUUUCCAGUAACACUAUGUUGUCAACAUGCUGACAAACACAAAUGGGCAUGUCCCAUCCAGUGCACUCAGAUGCUCAGGCUCAGCUCGUGCACUUAAGCCAGCGUUCUGUCCUGUAUUUGAUCAGGAAAUGUGUAAAUUCACCCAUUUUUACGUAAGUAAAUGUUAAAAAAAACUGUUGGAUUCCUACAGAAUAGACAUUUAUAACACAGUUCUAAAUGGACAAAUAUGAACAAUUAUUAGAGCCCGAGCGCUAAGACCCAUCGGCCGUGUGAAGGCCCUAUUGUAUUUUGUAUAUUAUUAUUUUGUUGUUGUUCUUUUUCAUUAUGCCUCCUCUGACCGCACGUCACUGGCCGCCUCUCACUUAAAGUCAUGGGACAGGUUCCAGCUCACUGGUGACCUUGAACAGGAUAAGUGGUAGAAAAUGAGUGAAUGAAUGAAUGUAUUAUUCAUUAAUAAAAUAUCAAAGAAGGCCAAUUUCAUAAUGUCAGCCAAACUGAAGGGAAAGCCAAAAUGUGUUCUUCCUUCAUUCUUCCUUGUCCAACCUCGUUAAGGAAAGCUGCACUUUUUUUUUUUUUUUUUGCACGUGAUCCACAAUCCUUAUGUGGGGCAUGAACACACGUCUUUCUCUUUGCCGUGUGUUCUGAAGAUAUAAAAACAGAUAAAAACAGGCAGCUAAGAAUGCAUGUAAUGAGAUGCACCUAUAAAGUCUUCAGAAAAAACCUCCAAAAGCCACCACCAAUCCAUCCAUCCGAUGUGGUUGGCCAGAGCCACUGCCAGCUGUCCUUCUGAUAUUUUCCGGAUUAGACACCAACACGUGAGCAUUAUUGAAUAAUUAGGUAGCCUACCUGGGUCAUUGAGAGGUCAAGAAGUAAACUUCCUUCCUUUAAUCAAGUUGCCAGCUAGCUAAUUCCACAGAACAAAUCCUUUUGAUGAAGAAGAUGGCAAAAAGAAAGAAAGAUGAGGAGUACGCAUUAAUGGUAAGGAGUGUUUUAUUUAUUAUUGAUUACCUGCAAUAUAACAACAUAAUAUCGUAUUUGACUUCAUCUACAAUUCCCAUCUCAUUCCACUAAUCCUCAACCCUCUCUUUGCUCUCUCUGUCACCUUCAUCCUUUAUAAAGUUCCCUAUGUAUCUUUAUUCCGUAUGUAUUUUUACCCCAACUGAAGGCCUCCAAGAGCUUGUUCCUGGCAGAAUUUGUUUCCCGCUAGUGCUCCAUCGCCGGCCUUUGUUUUGUUUUUUGUUUUUUUUCUGACAGUUUCUCCUGUGUUGUCAAGGGAUGCUUACUGCCUUCUACUCUCUGAGGCUCCACACGGGAUUACAGUCCUCCCACGUCUGAUCUCCUGCCAAGAGGGCGAGUGCCUUUUUUGUGCCUUCAUUGGACGUGUGUAUGUGACCAUUUGGAGCCACCGAUGUCAAUGUCAUGCUCGUCACCAGACACCACAUAUUUUUUGGAAACAGGAGAGCCAUCACAUGUUUUUGAGCGGACACAGCGUUUGCCUCUGAUGGUAUAUAUUGUUUUCCCUGCAGCAUAUGCACAUCAACUCCUCGUCAGAAUUGAGAAGACUUUAUGGGAGAAGUGUGUACUUAUAUGCAGGAUUGUGCAAUAUCUCAUCGUGUUAUAUUUUGGCAGUAAAUUAUCAAAUACAGUAAUACCUGGUUGAUCGCGCUUAAUUGGUUCCAGACCCGACCGUGAUAAGUACAUUUCCGCCGAGUAGGAUUCCUCAUUUAUAAGUACCACAUUUUCGUAGCAUUGAAAACUUGUUUACAACCUCCUAAAUAGACUGUGUGCACAAUUAUUAGGCAAGUCAGUAUUUGUAUGCAUAUUUUCCAACCCCAAGCUGAAUAAACUUGAAUGCCUUUUGGGUUUAAGCAUACCAGGUGAUGUGCAUGUGUGUACUCAGUGAGGGUGUGGCCUUAGGACAUCACCAUCAUUUAUUAGGUGUGCAGAGUUAUUAGGCAGCUUCUUUUCCUCUGGCAAAAUGGGCCAAAACAAGAUUUAACAGACUCUGAAGAGUCAACAUCUUUCAUUGGCAUGCAGCUGAAAUUGCCAAGAUAUUUGGCCUCGACCACAGAACCAUUCAAUGUUUUGUUGCAAGUGCACAAAAGGGUCGCAAGAAACGUGUCAAAAGAAAAGCAUGCAAAUUAACUGCCAAAUAUUUGAGAAAAAUUAAACGUGAAGCUCCCAGGAACCCAUUAUCCUCCAAUGCUGUCAUAUUCCAGAACUGUCAUCUACCUGGAGUGUCCAUACGUACGGCACAUGCCGAUCAGUGCUCAGAGACAUGGCCAAGGUAAGAAAGGCUGAAACCCGACCCCCACUGAAUAAGACACACAAGUUGAAAGGCUAUGAUUUGGCCAAGAAAUAUCUGAAGACAGAUUUUUCAAACGUUUUAUGGACUGAUGAGAUGAGAGCGACUCUUGAUGGACCAGAGGGAUGGACCCGUGGCUGCAUCAGCAAUGGCAGAGAGCUCCACUCCAACUCAGAUGCCAGCAAGGUGGGGGUGGGGUACUGUUAAGGGCUGGAAUUAUUCAAAGAUGAGCUUGUUGGGCCUUUUCAGGUUGGAGAUGGACUCAGACUCAACUCCCAAACCUAUUGCCACUUUUUUCCACAUAGUGGUACGGGAAACAGUGUGCAUCUUUCAAGAAGACUCUGAUUUUUAUGUUGGCAAAUGCAUCCAAGUACUGCACUGCGUGGCUAGCUAGUAAAGGUCUUAAAAAGAUCUUCGAAAAUAAUGACAUGCCCUCCUUGCUCACCUGACCUAAAUCCUACUGAGUACUUGUGGGCCUUUAAACGUAAGAUUUACAGUGAAGAAAAAGGUCCACCUCUCUGAACAGUCUCUGGGUUUGGUUGCUGCUGCAGAAAGAGUUGAUGGUCAAAUGAUCAAGAAACCGACUCCAUGGAUGGAAGGCUUUUCCGUGUUAUUGAAAAGAAGGGUGGCUAUAUUGGUCAAGGACUUAUUUGGGGAAAUGUCAGAAACAUUUGUUUGUAAAGUUUGUGUUGUUUGUUUAUCAUUCUGAGGGGAAUAUUUUCAUAUUUCUUUGAGUUGCCUAAAAAUUCUGCACACCAAUAUUUGCCUAAUAAUUGUGCACACAGGGAUAUUCUCACUUCCUAAAAUAUUCAAGUUUGAGGUUUAUUAACCUUUUGGAUUGACCGAGAGCACUGUUAUUGUUAAAUAAUAAAACUAAUCAUCAGUAUUACAAGUUGCUUAAUAAUUGUACACGCAGUGUAUGGAUUUUAACAUUAUUAAAGCCCUCUUGCGCCCGUGAGUGUUACUAUCAAUGUGUUUUGGCGCUAUGGGAAGCAGAGCGCCGAGUUGAAUUUUUCCUUGGCGUGACCUACGGCCGCAACAGUAGCUUGUGUUUUUUAUAAGCGAUUAUUGUGCUUGUAGCAAGAUUAUUCAAACCUGCAAUAAACGCCUGUCCGGCAAUCAAUCCUGGCGCUUGAGUGUCUCCGUGAACAUUACAGUAACAUUACCUACGGACUGGUGUAGAACACUAUAUAUGGAUCAUCUUUUGAAUGCCUUAUAUUUGUAUUUUAGUUCAUUUAUUUAUGCUUGAAAAUACUUAAUUUAAGGGAAAAAUAAGUAAAAUUUGUACCAAUAAUAAACCGGAUGCAACCACAAAACAUCAUGAUUUAUUAAUUAAUAGAUAUAUUUUUAAAAACUGUGAUAAACUACGAGUGAAGCCAAAAAAUUCCAAGUGUGAAGUGACGAGGGAUUACUGUUUCUACUAUUGUCCGUCAUUUCCUAGCCCCACCUACAUAUUGGCAGUGACUCCCAUUAAAUGCUUUUAUCCUCCACUCGAUGAAUCUGAUGGACCCACAAGAGCAAUACCGCCUUAAUAUUUGCUCAUUGUGAAAUGUAAAAUUUAGUCAGAAUGAUAAUUUACAUGAAUACAGAUUCUAUUCUAUCUGAAGGCACAAACGUGUGACUGCACAGCUACAACACACCCAUCCAUCCACUUGAGCUCUCAAUUAUACUGUAUGUAAAAAAAAAAAAAAAAAAAAACCUCAGUCCUCCCACAUUCAUACAAUGAUCAGGAGGAAGAAACAACCAUCUGUGGCUCUCCCUCAUCACACCUCCUCACACUCUUCUCACUUCAGUGUGCCAGUUUAGGUGAGGGCAACUGAGAAUGAGGACGAGAAUGACGCGUAGCUGCACCCUUUUGCUUAUAAUUUGUGUCAGAUGUGCAAUAAGUACUGACUUCAAUGUGGCUUUUUGUCUCCAUGGGGUAAAAAGGGUCUUGCAAGGCAGUGCAUACUCAACUAAUACUCAUUUCUGCCACAGGCAGCAGCAUUUCUUCGAUGACUCUUUUCGACAUGCUGCCGGUCACACUGUCCCUACUUGUCAGAGCCCAAACUGGAUAACACGCCAUAUAGCGCGGUGGCAGCGGGGAAAGUGAACCACUCUGUGACUUGCUGGCUGUGACACUUCAGCACAUUUGAUAUAUUCCAGCUUGUCUCUCUGCACAUGCUGUCAGCCAGGAGUGAGCGUGAUGCCUCACCUGCUCGGCAUGGAGAAUCAUUACCAGUUACCAGGAAACAAUAACCCAAUUUCAGUUUGUACAUGAAAAUGAUUGAUUACUAAUUGAAUCAGAGGUACAUAUUUCAAGAUAUACUGAAUUGUUAUCUGCUUCCAACCUGGGAUCUCUUUAACUGAAAUGUGUAUUGUGUUGACUAAACGUGUUCCCAUUCAAAGUAUUCAACUAACGUGAUUGUUAUUAUGUCAUUUCCAGGUACACGACACAUUUUCCCUUCGAAUCUGCCUCAUUGAAUGCAUCUAGUAAUGUCCAGGCAGGUUUAAGAACAAACAACGGAUGCGUGCGUGGAUUACAUUUCUGUUUACUGACUAAAUGGUGGCUCAGGAGGUAGAGCAGGUCGGCAAGAACCCACUUUGCCCCCAGUGCUGCUCACACUGGUGUGUGAAUGUGAAUGAAUGUUUGGUGGUGGUCGAAGUGGCCGUAGGUGAAAAUUGGCAGCCACGUUUCCAUCAGUCUACCCCAGGACAGCUGCGGGAACAGAUGUAGACUAACACCACCAGUGUGUGACUGAGAAGUGAAUGAAUAAUGAGUUAAAUUCACUGUGAAGCGCUUUGGGUACCUUAUAAAAAGGUGCUAUAUAAAAUAAAUCCAUUAUCAUUAUUAUUAAAUUAUUUUUCUGUGAUUAUCGUAAAUUCUGGUGUAUAAUCUGCACUGGUGUAUAAGCCGCACCCACUAAAUUUAGAGGAAAAAUUGUACAUAUAUAAGUUUGUACAUAUAUAAGCCGCACCAGACUAUAAGCCGCACAUGUCCACAUCAUAAAAUGGCAUACUGUGGCACGCAUGAGUCAGUGAGGACCAGGUAGCUCUUUAUUUGACUGUAGUCAACCAUGGGCUAUGAAAAAACGAACCCAUUGUCAACCCAUUGGAAAUUGCAAAGGGUUUAAGAGUUUAAAAUGAAAAAAAUAAUAUUAAUAAUUUUUCCCAUAAUCAUUUCGUUUGAGCAAAGCAUUUCAUUGGGGGACAAGCAGCAUAGAAAAUGUCCACCAGAAGAGCCUGCAGCCCAGAGGGUGGCUGACAUUAUUGCAGCACCCCAAUGAAUGUUUUACUCAGCUGCGAUGCAUUAUGGGAAACUUGAAAAUAGUUGUUUUUUUUAUUUUAAACUCGUAUUGGUAGAUGUUUGUAUAUGUAUUAGGUAUACCUUUUGAGUGUUAAAUUGCUAUGUGAUGAGUUUAGUGUUCUCAUUAAAAUAACACCUUGAGACAGACUGUUAUAUAAUGACCUCCAGAAAUUUCCAGGACCGCGGACCGCAGCAAAAAUAGCAAACAUUUAAAAAUACAGUAAAAGGCAUAAUGUAAAGGGAAAAAGCUGAAAUGUCAACACUAAUAAUAACAAAAACAUUUGUCUUUAAAUAUAUGUACAACUUUUUUUGGCCUUUUUAGAAAAUUAUAAAUAUCAACGUGGCCUCUGCAUUUAGUAUGCUACCCUCAGU